AUGUUUCAAAAUCGUCGUACUAUACUUUUAUUUAUUUUUUCAAUUGUUUUUGUUCAAGCACUUUAUUAUAUUGUUACAUUACAAAUAAAAGAAAAUAAAACAAGACUAACAAAUUUUCCAUCGAUAAUAUUAUAUGAAUCAAAGUCAGAUAUUGAAAAAAUCAUCAUACAAGAUAUAAAAAAUUUCACAUUAUAUAAUAAUACAUCUCUACAAAAAGAAUUCAAUCCAUUUAUUGAUAAUUCAUUAUUAAUUUCAACUAAUUUUACAAAACCAGAUCCAAAUAUAUAUAAUUCAUUACCUAUAUGUAAUUUUUCAAUAUCAAAUAAUAAUUCAUCAUUUUAUAAAGUAACAAUUAGUAAUAAAAUAUAUUCAUUUGAUAUUAUUGAAGAACAUCAUGGUAAUGAUUUACAUAUUGGUGGACAUUGGUUUCCAAAAACUUGUCGAACUGAACAACGUUUAGCUAUAAUAAUAUGUUAUAGAAAUCGUGAAUCACAUUUAAAAUUAUUUCUUGAUAAUAUACAUCCAUUUCUUAAACAACAACAACUUGAUUAUACAAUAUUUAUUAUUAAUCAACAUGGACAAGAACAAUUUAAUAGAGCUGCUUUAUUUAAUGUAGGUUUUAUUGAAGCAAUGAAAUUGUAUUCGUUUAAUUGUUUUAUUUUUCAUGAUGUGGAUCUUUUACCAGAAGAUUUAAGAAAUCUUUAUAAAUGUGGAGAAAAACCAAGACAUAUGUCAGUUGCUGUUGAUAAAUUUCAUUAUCGAUUACUCUAUUCAACAUUAUUCGGUGGUGUAACAGCAUUUAGUUUAUCUGAUUUUAUUGGUUCUAAUGGUUAUCCAACAAUUUAUUGGGGUUGGGGUGGUGAAGAUGAUGAUAUGUAUUUACGUGUUGUUAAAAAAUUAAAAAAAUCAAUAACACGUUAUCCUAUUGAAAUAGCACGUUAUAAAAUGAUUCGUACACUUAAUCAUACAUCAGGUAAACCUAAUCCUAAUCGACAUGUCAUACUUUAUUCAAAAUAUAAUUAUAAUCAUGAUGGUAUAAAUACAACAAAUUAUAAAUUACAUGAUAUAGUUUUUCAUAAAUUAUAUACAUUUAUUAAUGUUACAUUACCAGAAGAAUCAUUUAAACAAAUAUGUAUGCGUUUAAAUAUUACAAAAAGAGAAAGAAAAAAAACAAGACCACAAAAAAUAAAGACUAAUCUGUGA